AUCCAUUUCUCGAAAAGAAAAUCGUCAAACAGUUAUUUUUUAAUCAAACAAUUUCAAAAAAUAAAUAUAAAAUCAUAGAAUGACUACCACACUCGAAGACAAGUCCAUCUGGGAGGAUGGGGAGGAAGCACUCAGCGAUGAAGUUCUACGUAUGCCAACAGAAGAGAUCAUUAGCCGGACUCGUUUACUGGACAAUGAAAUUAAGAUAAUGAAGAGCGAAGUGAUGCGAAUUUCCCAUGAGCUCCAAGCUCAAAAUGAUAAAAUUAAGGAGAAUACGGAAAAGAUAAAAGUAAACAAAACUCUGCCGUACUUGGUGUCCAAUGUGAUCGAGCUACUCGACGUGGAUCCCCAAGAGGAGGAGGAAGACGGCGCAGUCGUCGAUCUCGAUUCCCAAAGGAAAGGAAAAUGUGCAGUCAUUAAAACUUCUACCAGACAAACAUACUUCUUACCAGUCAUAGGGUUGGUGGAUGCAGAAAAACUGAAGCCAGGUGAUUUGGUUGGAGUCAACAAAGACUCGUACUUAAUUUUGGAAACGUUGCCGGCCGAAUAUGAUGCCCGUGUUAAGGCUAUGGAGGUUGAUGAAAGACCUACCGAGCAAUAUUCUGACAUUGGUGGCUUGGAUAAACAAAUUCAGGAACUGAUUGAAGCUGUGGUCCUGCCUAUGACUCACAAGGAGAAGUUUGUAAACCUCGGCAUCCACCCACCUAAAGGAGUACUACUGUAUGGGCCUCCCGGUACUGGUAAAACGCUCCUUGCCCGAGCCUGUGCUGCACAAACAAAAUCUACUUUCUUGAAACUUGCUGGACCACAACUUGUGCAGAUGUUCAUUGGUGAUGGCGCAAAGCUGGUACGUGAUGCUUUUGCACUUGCCAAGGAAAAAGCCCCAGCCAUCAUAUUCAUAGAUGAACUUGAUGCUAUUGGUACAAAGAGAUUUGACUCCGAGAAAGCAGGUGACCGUGAAGUACAGCGUACCAUGUUAGAACUACUUAACCAGUUGGAUGGCUUCAGUUCAACUGCUGAUAUUAAGGUCAUUGCUGCCACAAAUCGUGUUGAUAUUUUGGACCCUGCUCUUCUUAGAUCUGGUCGUCUUGAUAGGAAGAUUGAAUUCCCCCACCCUAAUGAGGAAGCAAGAGCCAGAAUCAUGCAGAUUCAUUCAAGGAAAAUGAAUGUAUCUCCUGAUGUUAACUUUGAAGAAUUAUCUCGCUCCACUGAUGACUUUAAUGGUGCCCAGUGCAAGGCAGUUUGUGUGGAAGCUGGUAUGAUUGCUCUCAGACGCUCUGCCACUGCAGUCACCCAUGAAGAUUUUAUGGAUGCUAUUCUUGAAGUACAAGCCAAGAAGAAAGCAAAUCUUAGCUAUUAUGCUUAAACUUAACAUUUUAUAUUAAUUAAAAGCAUAUUUAGUA